AUGGAAACAAUUGAUAUCCAAAAUAGAUCUUUUGUUGUUCGUUGGGUAAAGUGCGGCCGUGGUGAUGUGAUCAACUAUCAGAUCAAACCAUUGAAGAAAUCUAUUGAAAUAGGUAUCUAUAAGAAGUUGAAAUCCAGCGUAGAUGACCAUGCUUCUGCAGUUCACAUUGCACCUGACACUAAAACAUUGCUGGACUACACAACGAAAUCUUUAUUACAUAAGGGAAGCUCUGGUCAUGUGGAGGAACAUCACAGGCGUCCUUCCGAGCACUCUCAUAAUUCUAGUAAUGGUCCAGAUAAUAAGAGAAAGGAGAGAUCGUAUUCCUCGCUCUCGAUCAGCAGCAUACAACAGCAAUCCCAAGAAAUACCGUUACGUGAAAAACUCUCUGCAUCAGGUUUCACUUUGGUCAAGAGGGUCGGUAAUGUUUCAGGGAACACUAUGGUUCAAGGCGAUCUUGAAGUAAAAGAUACAGAUUACUAUUAUGCCUUUAUACUGGACAAUUCGUCUUCUAAAAACGCAAAAAAGAAAAUUCUUUUCAAUGCGAGUGUAAUUAAUGGUGAUAAUCAAUCAAUGAUUAGUACGAGGUCUACGCCCCCGACACGGCCCGCAGCCUUAAGUAGAACAUCAACCCAACAGGACAUGCUGUUUAGAGUAGGCCAAGGUCGUUACUUACAAGGGUAUCUGUUAAAAAAAAGGAGAAAGAGACUACAAGGUUUUAAAAGAAGGUUUUUUACUUUGGAUUUUCGAUAUGGAACUCUAUCGUAUUAUUUGAACGACCAUAACCGAACUUGUAGGGGUGAAAUUGUCAUAAGUCUGUCAUCUGUUAGCGCCAAUAAGAAAGACAAAAUUAUAAUUAUUGAUUCUGGUAUGGAAGUCUGGGUCCUAAAAGCUACAAAUAAAGAAAAUUGGCAAUCAUGGGUUGAUGCGUUACAAUUCUGUUUUGAUGACCAGUUUGAGGAUAAAGAUACCUCAACCUUGGAGGAAAAUCCAGCCACUUUUGAUGAUGACGAUGAUGAUGAUGAUGAUGAUGAGGGAACCAAUAUAAAAAGCCCUUUUCAAGACCGUGACCAACUCACACCUACGGCUACAACUAAAUCAGCGCUAUCUCAUAAACAGCAUACUCAAGAGGGUACUGAUGAGUCGUAUGUGCCACUACCAAGCGAUUCCUACGUUACUUUUUCUAGGAACCUGCGUUUGAUUCAACAACGACUAGAGCAAUGUAAGAAGGACUCUUUAUCUUAUAAGCCCAGUACAUUUAAUCAAAGAUCAGAAGGUUUAAAAAGAUCACCCUCUUCAUCUUCCGCCUUUCCUAAUAAUAGAGUAACUUUAUUCAAUCAAUCUUCCUCCGGCAUGACAUCAUCUGAUUCAUUGGUUUCUGAAGAAACUCCUUCUAACGCAACACAUAAUGAACAUGCAUUAUAUAAUCAACUGGCAGACCUUGAAGUGUUUGUUAGCCGAUUCGUUAUACAAGGAGAGGUGCUAUUUAGGGACCACCAGAACCUGUGUAAGAAGGCAAAAGAUACAAGAGUUUCGUUAACUUCAUAUCUUAGUGAAAAUGAUGAAUUUUUUGAUGCAGAAGAUGAAAUCAGUCGGGGGGUCAUUUUAUUAACUGAUACAGAAGACGAUAUUAAUAAUAUAGUGGAAGAAACUCCUCUACUUGGCCAAAGCGAUAAAAAUGAGUUCAAAACAGAGGGUGAAGUUUCAGAAAACGAACAAAUGGGUUUAUCAAGUGUGGAUAGCCAUACAACUAACGACGAAAAUCAUAACCGUAAACAUCAUAAAAAUCGUCAUAAAAAUCGUCGUCGUAGCCACCAACACCAUCAAAGAACCAAAAGUACACAGUCUUCAACAGAAACAUUCACAAGUAAGGAUUUAUUUGCUCUCUCCUAUCCAAAGACUAUUUCACGCCGUAAUGACAUUCCCGAAGCCGCAGCUUCUCCUCCAAGCUUAUUAUCUUUUUUGAGAAAGAAUGUGGGUAAAGAUUUGAGUUCUAUUGCUAUGCCGGUAACAUCAAAUGAGCCUAUUUCUAUCCUGCAGUUGAUAUCAGAAACCUUUGAGUACGCUCCUCUUUUGACGAAGGCCACCCAACGUCCUGAUCCUAUAACAUUUGUCUCAGCAUUUGCUAUUUCCUUCCUUUCCAUAUAUAGGGAUAAAACUAGGACCCUGAGAAAACCGUUCAACCCGUUACUGGCUGAAACAUUUGAACUUGUACGAGAAGAUAUGGGAUUUAGAUUGAUAUCAGAAAAGGUUUCUCACCGUCCACCGGUAUUCGCCUUUUUCGCAGAGCAUCUUGAAUGGGAGUGCAGUUAUACCGUAACGCCAUCCCAAAAGUUCUGGGGUAAAUCGAUUGAGUUGAAUAAUGAGGGUAUAUUGAGACUAAGAUUCAAAACAACGGGAGAAUUGUUCGAAUGGACGCAACCAACAACAAUUUUGAAAAAUUUGAUAGCAGGGGAGAGAUAUAUGGAGCCUGUUAACGAAUUUGAGGUACAUUCCUCGAAAGGAGACAAAUCACACAUCUUGUUUGAUAAAGCAGGUAUGUUUAGUGGGAGGUCAGAGGGAUUUAAAGUUUCUAUAAUCCCACCGGCUUCAAGUAGCCGCAAGAAAGAAAUAUUGGCUGGCAAAUGGACACAGAGUUUGGUUAAUGAAACCACACAUGAAACUAUAUGGGAAAGUGGUGAAUUAGUUAGCAAUCCGAGGAAAAAAUAUGGAUUCACGAAAUUCACGGCAAAUUUGAAUGAAAUUACAGAAAUUGAAGAAGGUAAUUUACCGCCAACGGACUCAAGGCUCAGACCAGAUAUUAGAGCAUAUGAGGAGGGAAAUGUUGAAAAGGCUGAAGAAUGGAAGCUGAAAUUAGAACAGCUUCAACGUGAAAGACGUAAUAAAGGGCAAGAUGUUGAGCCUAGAUAUUUCGAAAAAAUAUCUAAGAAUGAAUGGAAAUACGUAACCGGACCAAAGAGUUAUUGGGAAAGAAGGAGGAAACACGAUUGGUCCGAUGUUCCUCAUUUAUGGUGA